AUGUUUAAACUUUAUUCAUUCGUAUUUUUACUUACUGUUCUCAAUGCAGAACAAUUUCAACCUAAUUGGGAACUUAAUUAUUUGUUUCCAUCCAUGGUUUUUGAACCAGCUUUUAAAUUAACACCACCAUAUAAACAUGGUAUUUAUUCUUAUACAAUGACUGUUCCUUCUCCAAGUAAACUUUAUGGACCAAACACAGCUUUCUAUCUUUUUGCUGCUCAAUCAAGUAGUGAAACAGGUGGAAUUAUUAUUAAACAAGAUGGCAAUAUUUUUCAAACAUUAACUAUUAAACAAUACUGGCAAUCUAAUAAAAUACCAAUUUCAUUAGACAUGCAAGAAACAACAAUUGAAUUAUAUAUUCAAGAUGGUGAUAAAGUUGGUCCAACCUAUACUAUUCAUGUCAAACGACAAAGUUCAUAA